AUGGACAACAUAAAAGCUGUGGAGAAGUCGACAGAGAAGAUGAAGGAGGUGUUGCAGCAGGAGGAGGCUAAGAGGAAGUUUAAGCACGCUGUCCGCGAGGCGGUUGAAGCUGAGAAAAAAGCUGAAGAGGACAAGAGGAGACGAGAGCAUAAGGCUACUGGAACCACAGAGGGUCCGUUUAUUCCGGGAACUGGGCAUAUAUCUGGUGAGGAGGGUCAUAUCGCAUCUGGAGCGGCCAACACAUCAUCAGAAUGGACCGUCAGUUCAUCAAAGUCGGAGGUCACGAUGACUAGACGAGACGGCCUGAGUCAUAAAGAGGGUAUCAGAUGGAACCAUGACGGAGACGAAGGCUCCCCAGCGGUUCAGAAGUUUAACUCGGGCUUUCCUUCACCGCGCUUUGUGUCGAGGGUUCAAGGGAAUGCAAUUGAAGAAGAAGCAAAGCUAAGCCAACAAGUGCGGGAAGACCCCGAGAUGGAAGAGGAAAGAAAGCAAGUCGAAAGAGAGAUCCGGAUAUUCAGACUAAUAUGGCACCCGCUGUUGGUUGCUGCACAAACUGAGAGACUGCAAGAGGAAAAGGAGUCAAAGUACAAAGACACGAGAGUCGAUUCGGCUGCACAUGUGCUGGAAAUGGAACUCAUGGCAUUUCAAAAAGACGUCGAAGUGCUCGAAUAUCAGUUUCUUGCUGAAGCCCAAAAAUCAGAGAGAAGGGAAAAGGCUCGGGUAUUGGUGACUAAAAUGCAAUCAUUCAACUGGAAAGCUAUUGAGGAAAGAUUGGAGAAGAUGCAAGCUGAGAAAAGGAAACGACGAAUUGAACAAGCACAACAAGAGUUACUUGACAGCUUGCAACGCUUUCGAGCACCUCUCACGCAAGAGCGAGAACAGUCCCUGAGUCUGCUUUUAGAUGAGGAAGAUGCCUCUCAGCCGGGGAAAGGGAAGCAAAAGCAAAAGUAG